AGCGCUAGCCUUGACGUAGCUGCAUCUGCGGUCCUCAGCGCACCCCAACCGGAAGUCAGAAGGCGCGGCCAGCCUGUUGACAUGGCGGCGGGCUCAGCAUCCUCCCUGGGUGGCGGUGCAUGGCCCGGCUCCGAGCCUGGGGACUUCUUGGCCCGCUAUAGGCAGGUGUCCAACAAGCUCAAGAAGCGAUUCCUGCGGAAGCCGAACGUGGCCGAGGCCGGGGAGCAGUUCGCACAGCUGGCCCGUGAGUUGCGCGCCCAGGAGUGCCUGCCCUAUGCCGCUUGGUGCCAGUUGGCCGUGGCGCGCUGCCACCAGGCGCUCUUCCACGGGCCCGGGGAGACGCUGGCCCUCACCGAGGCCGCCCGACUCUUCUUGCGGCAGGAGUGCGACGCGCGCCAGCGCCUCGGCUGUCCGGACGCCUGGGGCGAGCCUCUGCAGGCGGCCGCCAGCGCCCUGGGCGCCGCCGUGCGCCUUCACCUCGAGCUGGGCCAGCCCGCCGCUGCUGCCGCUCUGUGCCUUGAGCUGGCUGCCACCCUUCGCGCCCUGGGCCAGCCGGCCGCCGCCGCGGGUCACUUUCAGCGCGCUGCUCAGCUGCACCUGCCCUUGAUGCCGCUGGCCGCGCUGCAGGCGCUCGGCGACGCUGCCUCCUGCCAGCUGCUGGCGCGCGACUACACCGGCGCCCUGGCGCUCUUUACACGCAUGCAAUGUCUGGCACGGGAGCAUGGCAGCCACCUGGUGCAGCACCCCGAGCUGCCGCCGCCUCCUGGGCCCCAACCGCCCCCGCGGGGACCGCAGCCGAGACCUGGCUUGGCCCCGACCCUGCCCCUCCCGCUGCUCCCGGACCAAGCCCCAGGCUCUGCUGCGCCCUCUCCCGGUACACUGGGUGCCUUCGCAGACAUCCUUGUCAGGUGCGAGGUGUCCCGCGUGCUGCUGCUGCUGCUCCUGCAACCACCGCCCACCAAGGUGCUGCCCGAGCAUGCCCAGACCCUGGAGAAGUACUCCUGGGAGGCUUUUGACGGCCAUGGCCAGGAUAGCAGCGGCCACCUUCCCGAGGAACUGUUUCUGCUAUUGCAGUCCCUGGUCAUGGCUGCCCAUGAAAAGGACACGGAAGGCAUCAAGAAGCUGCAGGUAGAGAUGUGGCCUCUGCUGACUGCUGAGCAGAACCACCUCCUUCACCUUGUUCUGCAGGAAACCGUUUCCCCCUCGGGCCAGGGGGUCUGAAAAGUCUCCUGAACCAAACGACCUUUCCUCCUGGUACCAACUUGUUUUAUCUUUGGGGAUAGGUGAUGGAAGAUCUUGUGAUCUUGCUUCUGUUUUUCUUGUUUCUGUUGCCACAGUGGUAGUUUAGCUGUGCUUGCCUAGCUUGUUACAUAAAUUAGUGCCCUCUAGGUCCAUGCAUACUGCCUCAUAUGAGGUAACUUUGUCCUUAAAGGCUGAACGAGACUGCACUGUGUAACAAUCUGCUUUCUCUAUACACCAGUUGCUGGAUACUAUAUUGAUUCAUUUUCCUGGUUGUUGUAAGAGACAAUAAACACGGGAAGACAGGUGUCCCUUUGGCA